AUUUGCCUCCAAGCAGCAGUGAUAUGAAUUUGCCUCCAAGCAGCAGUGAUAUGAAUUUGCCUCCAAGCAGCAGUGAUAGGAAUUUGCUUGCAGACCCCAAAAAUGCCCCAUUACAGAGGUGCCCAACCAAAGCUCCGGUGCCUACAGACAAGCACAGUUCCUUAUGCCCCAUCAUGGCACCUCCCUGCCAUCAGGCUGAAGACACCGGGCCUCUCUCACAGAUGGGUGCCCUCCUAGACCAACUGUUCCAAACCCACUCAGCCUCAGUAGGGAGUGAGUAGUUCCUGAGGCUGGUAGGAGAUCUGUUUAAGCAGGGAAUAGAGGCGCAGAACCAGUGGCACCACAGACUGAUGGAGGUCCGCCAGCACAACAGAUUGGCCAAUCUGGAGAAGGCCCAAAUGCAGCUACGUUACAAUAGGAGCAGCUCAUUAUCACCAACGCCAUUUUCUCAGGAGCAUUUCCCUCAGUUCCAGGAUGUGAGUGAAGAUACCGAUUGGGUCCUGCUGAAUUUUGAGAAACUCUGUGCCAUGUGCAACGUGCCGGAACCAGACCGGGUCUUCUAUCUGCCCAACGCGCUCAAGAGCAAGGCGAUGGGGUGCUACGGCGAUGUGCCCAUGGGUGCCUGCUGCGAUUACCCAGCCAUAAAGGCUGCCUUGCUGAAACCGUACGACGGUGAGCCCGAGAUACACCGCGUCAAGUUCCGAGAUAUGGCGCUGGAGGCAGGAGAAACGUUCAACAGCUUCUACCAGAGACUCCAUUACCGCUAUGACCGCUGGAUGGAGGCCUCCGACAUAAAGCAAUUCAAGGACUGCUAUCGGCCUCUGGUGUUGGAGCAACUGCUCCAGAAGUGUCCGGCUAUAGUCCGGCAGAAGGUUCUAAAGCACAAGGGCUGCUCCCCGUAUCAGGCUGCCCAAAUUGCAGACGAUCAUCUUCAUCUCCAUCCGGAACCGGCUUCUCAGCCCAGACUGGACAGAUGCCCUCCCCCACCCAUAACAGAUAAAAAUACAGAUGCCUUUCUGCUUCAACAUUGGUCCACGGACAAUGAAAGCAUCUUGGAUUUCCUGGAUUUAUUCGAGUGCCGUUCCACCUUCCAUCAACUGCCCAAAUCCCAAUGGGUCAAGUAUUUAUGUGGCAAACUGAAGGGCAAAGUGCUGGACGUCUGCCUGUCCGUCCCACAAGAACACAAGCGCGAUUAUGAUUUUGUAAAGGCAGAAAUUUUAAGGUUCUACGGAAUCACCCCGGAGACCCAUCGGAUCAAGUUCCGAACCGUCCAACGUCAGGAUGAUCAACCCUUCACGGCUUUUUAUCAGAACCUUCUGUGCCACUAUAAUAGGUGGAUGGCGGCCUGUGAAGUGCAGACGAUUGAGCAAUGCGCCAACCUGAUGGUGGUGGAACAACUGCUCACUCGGUGCCCCCCUGAGGUACAGGGAAGGGUGACUUCUAUGCAAAACCCCCCAACGCCAGAAGCCGUAGCCAGAAUUGCCGAUAAGUAUAUGAUCCUCCAUGCGGAUCUGCAGCAGAACCUCACCCCCCAUGAAACCGGUCCCUGAGGCAUCACCGAUUGUAAGGAGGCCAAGCCAAGUGCCUUUCCAAGAUGGAAGAAAGCAAGGACCGAGAAAUGAGCAGAAAAGCGGGCCAAGGCCAAGAUAUGCAAGUUAAUUGUCCUGGGCAACCCCAAAAUCAGUUCAGGGGAACCAGGUCUUCCCUUGGCCAUGUAGGGCCUGACUCUAAUGCCUUCCCUUAGCCAUGUUGGGCCUAACUCUAAUGCCUUCCCUUAGCCAUGUUGGGCCUGACUCUAAUGCCUUCCCUCAGCCAUGUUGGGCCUGACUCUAAUGUCUUCCCUUAGCCAUGUUGGGCAUGACUCUAAUGCCUUCCCUUAGCCAUGUAGGGCAUGACUCUAAUGCCUUCCCUUAGCCAUGUUGGGCAUGACUCUAAUGCCUUCCCUUAGCCAUGUUGGGCAUGACUCUAAUGCCUUCCCUUAGCCAUGUUGGGCAUGACUCUAAUGCCUUCCCUUAGCCAUGUUGGGCAUGACUCUAAUGCCUUCCCUUAGCCAUGUUGGGCAUGACUCUAAUGCCUUCCCUUAGCUAUGUUGGGCAUGACUCUAUUGCCUUCCCUUAGCCAUGUUGGGCAUGACUCUAAUGCCUUCCCUUAGCCAUGUUGGGCAUGACUCUAUUGCCUUCCCUUAGCUAUGUUGGGCAUGACUCUAUUGCCUUCCCUUAGCCAUGUUGGGCAUGACUCUAAUGCCAACAAGCACAGAUACGGAUGUUGCUGUUUUUCACUAUAUCCCCCAUAUUAUGGCAAAUGUUCAAUAAAAUUGUUUAACAAUA